AUGUGCAUCGUGUCCUCCGAGGACCGCGCGCAAUCUGCACUGCGGGCGGUGGCUCAGUUCGCCAAUGUGGCGGGACAGGUGCAGCACGAGGAGUUGCGGACAGCCUCCUUGCAGGUCGCCCACGAGGCACUGGCGCAGUGCGAGGCGCAUGGCCAGCGUUGUGUCCAGUUCCUCCUGGAAGCACUGCAGAAGAGCACCAAGGCCAGCGCGAGUGCCGCCGAGGAUGUAAUCUGGAUGGUCUACAAGGUGGCACGAAGAAGCGACACAGCCAAGGCAUGGAUACUUCAAGCAGGCGGCGUGUCUGUCUUGAAGGCCGCCCUUCUUUGUCAUGCCAACCAGGCACAGCUGCUGGAGAACGGCGUGUGGACAGUGUAUGCUCUCGAAGGGCUGCGGUCUCUGGCAGAGCUCCUGGAGGGGUGUCGGGGGACCAGCGCCGAGGAGGUUGCCGUGCGUGGGGCCAUUUGUGGAGCGUUGUAUCACCUGGUCAGCCCGAGGCGAAAGUCAACGUCAGCUCUGGCUGCCGCCGAGGUCGUGCAACCAGAGAGCGUGGUGGUGCUGCUGUCCGAGGUGUUAAGCAUCGGCGGCCUUGAUGAAGAUGCGCUUUGGGCAACGUGCACUACCUUGGAGACCCUUGUUGACAAGGACGCGCGCCUGGCAUUUGUGGUGGCCUCACGUGGAGCUUUCUCCUCUCAAGCUUGUUCAAAAGCAUGGUGUAGAGUCAGCAGGCCGGAGGCUGCAGACGGCCUCAGCAUGGAUCAGAUAAUCAGGGAUUUGGUCCUUUUGCCGGUUUCUGCAGCAUCUGAUCUCGUCACGAAGGGCUGGUACACCUCGAACUUCCGUCAGAUCCGUGAGCUUGUUCAGGAUCCCGACUAUCAGUCUGGGGAGGUGGAUCCCGAUGAGCCGGUCCUCGAGGUCGUCGUUGGCGACGCGAACAUGAAGGCCACGGCUUCAGCAACGCCUACUUUUGUGAGGAUCUUCAUGGACCGGGAAAAUGUGGGAGAGACCUCUCUUCAGAAGAAGCGGCCCUUCAACACGCCGGUCUGGAACGAACGAUUCUUGCUGCUACCGUGCGCUUCCUUCUCCACACGCUUCGAGGUCGUUGACACGUGGGACCGCGUCCUCGGCCACUGUACCAUUGGCACUCAGAGCCUGUGGCGUGCAGCAGAGCAUUCCGGACAAGUCUCCGUGGAGCUGCCGCUGCAGCAGGGGAAGGGCCUGAACGGAAAGAUUUGGGUCCAUUCUCGGCCCUGGGAUGGUCUCCCUCUGCCAGAGAGGCCCUGGUGGCCUCGAGCGCAGGAGCUACACGAGGACACAUGGUCACCACUUCGUAUGCAGGAAGGCACCGAGGAGGACGUAGUAGGGAGCUUGCAGCCUGAGGAUACCGGCAAAAGCCGAGCCAAAGUUCUCAGCAGCGACCUCUUCUCCCGAAUAGACAAGGAUCGCACGGGCUCCAUCACCCGUGCAGAGUUCGAGGCAGCCCUGCGGAGUGGUGCGAUGUCUCCGCAAAGCCCGGCUCCGCAGACGCAGGUGGCGCAGAGCCCUUCAAUCAUUUGGCCCCAGCCGGUGAAGCCAUCGGCACAAAUCAGCGCGCCGCAGAUUUUGAUGCCCAUGUCGCCUCAGGCACAAUCCCCCAGCGGAGUCCUGUCUCAGUUCGCAGCCACUGUUCCUCCGCAGCCCGUAGUAUCCCCAUCCAGCACUCCUCUGGUACAGUUUGCUCAGUCAAUGCCUCCUCAACCGGUGAAGCCUGAGGCCGGCCCAGCGAGUCCCGGAACCUCCAAGGAUUUGUUUGCGAAGAUUGACAAGGACGGCAGCGGCAGCAUCACCCGGGCGGAGUUCGAGCGCGCGAUCCGCCAGGGCGAGCUCCAGUCCCAGCACUCGAUGGGUCGUGGUCAGGAAAGCCUUUCUCUGCCGAUAGGCAAAAGCCGGUCGGCGGAGGGCCCCAAGGUGGCUUCGCCACAGCGACCUGCGACGACGGCGCUCUCGGCUAUGCCCCCGAGCCCCAGGUCGCAGAAGACCAACUCCCAGCCCUCGACCCCCAAGCAGCCGCAGCAGCCUGCCCUGGCCUCCUUGCCACCACGUCUCAAGGCAGCGGGCUUCAACCUUUGA